AUGACGAUGAUGAGGGAAUUGAUUGCACAAUGGGUGCUUAUGCAUAAGCACCCAUUUAUCAUUGUGGAAGAGGAGGGUUUGAACAAUAUGUUGAAAUAUGGGAUUCCAGGAUGGUCAAGGGUUUCACGCAAUACAUGGCAUUGGAUAUAUAAUAAUUGGAAGUUGAACAAAUGGGUUCUUAACUUUGUUCGUUUACCUACUCCAAAAAGUGGUAUGCAGAUUGCUGAUGCAAUUUACAAAUGUUUGGCAGAAUGGGAGAUUGAAGACAAAGUCCAAACGAUAUCAGUGGACAAUGCUAGUAGUAAUGAUGUGGCAAUUAGGGUGUUGAAGCAAAAUUUUACAAUAACAAGGCAGUUGAGUUGUGGGGGUAAAAUGUCUCAUGUCAGAUGUUGUGCACACAUCUUAAACUUGAUGGUGCAAGAUGGUCUUCCACAAAUUAGGAGAAUCAUCGACAAGAUCCAUAAGAGUGUGGUAUACAUUAAUGGUUCAGAGGGUAGGCUGAAGGUUUUUGCAAAGAUUGUGCAACAAUUGCGUUUGUCGUGUCGAAAACUUAUCCUUGAUUGUAAAACAAGGUGGAAUUCAACUUAUGACAUGUUGGAAAUUGCAAUUAAGUUUAAAGAAGUGUUUCCAAGAUACAAAGAAAGGGAUGAGGGUUACAAACAUUGUCCAGAUAAAGAAGAUUGGGUGAAAGUAGAGAAAACAGAUGGUGAGAAAAAUGAAAGAUGUGAUAAGUACUGGGGGCAAUGUAAUUUCUUGAUGGUUGUUGCAGCUAUAUUGGACCCUAGGUACAAAAUUAGGGUGAUUGAGUUUUCUUUCCCUAAGAUGUAUUCUGACGUUGAGGCACGGGCAAAUGCUACAACUGUUCGGGAUACUUUGUAUGAGGUAUAUGGGGAAUAUGCUAAUGAUUGUCAGUCAUCUAGUGCAGUCCGCAAAGGUACAAUUGAAAGGGUUGGACUUGAAGUAAUUCCCGAGGGGUCUAUGGGAGGAGCUGAUGAUUGGGAAUUUGAUGAUUUUCUGGAUGAGGUUGAAACUAUUGAGCCAAAUAAAUCUCAGUUGGAUAUUUACCUAAGCGAGGCAUGUUAUAAGUGUCAUGGUGAUUCGGAAAAUUUUGAUGCUUUGGAUUGGUGGAAGGCGAAUCCUUUGAAGUACCCUAUCUUGUAUAGGAUGGCUCGUGAUAUACUAGCUAUUCCUAUCACUACAGUGGCUUCAGAGGCUACUUUCAGCGCCGGUAGUAGAGUUAUUGACACAUAUCGAUCUUCGUUGUCUCCCAAAAUAGUGGAAAUGUUGUUAUGUGGAGCUGAUUGGUGUCGCAUUUUAAAUGAAGUGAAAAAAGGAAUCACGAUACAGAAGGAACCAGUGGAGAUUCAACUUCCGAAAGUUUGA